UUAUCUAUAGAGAGUAAAGUGCAUUUCAUACCUACGUGUCGAGACUCGAGAGUAGUAGGCAGAGAGCAUCUGAAGAAGAAGAAGAAUAAGAAGAAGAAGAAGCUGACGGGAGUGUGAAGCUUCGUUUGUAUCGCUGAGACUAGUCCCUCUGUCUUCCUUUUCCUGCAAAACUCUCCUUCUCCGAUUACGAUGGCUUCUACGGUGUUCACUCUCGCCUCUGCUUCUCCAUCGGUUUCGCUGUCUUUGCAGGAUAAGCUAAAGGCUAAACCGAAGCUUCGCGAGUAUGGCCAGUGCACGCUUUUUGGCAACGCGACAAAGUCUCAUGGUCGAAUGAGAAUGGUAGCCACUGUUAAUGUUUCUCGUUUUGAGGGCAUUUCAAUGGCUCCACCUGACCCCAUCCUUGGAGUAUCUGAAGCAUUCAAGGCUGAUACUGAUGAAAUGAAACUUAAUCUUGGAGUUGGAGCAUACCGUACUGAGGAACUUCAACCUUAUGUUCUUGAUGUUGUCAAGAAGGCUGAGAACCUUAUGCUACAGAGGGGAGAAAACAAAGAGUAUCUUCCAAUAGAAGGUUUGGCUGCCUUCAACAAAGUCACUGCAGAGUUGUUGUUUGGUGCUGACAAUGAAGUGAUUCAACAAAAAAGGGUUGCAACUGUUCAGGGUCUUUCAGGAACUGGAUCCUUAAGACUUGCAGCAGCACUGAUAGAGCGUUAUUUCCCUGGCUCAAAAGUUCUGAUAUCAUCUCCAACAUGGGGUAAUCACAAGAAUAUUUUCAAUGAUGCCAGAGUACCCUGGUCUGAAUAUCGCUAUUAUGAUCCAAAAACAGUUGGUUUGGAUUUUGAAGGAAUGCUAGAAGACAUAAAGUCUGCCCCUGAAGGAUCAUUCAUUUUGCUGCAUGGCUGUGCUCACAACCCAACUGGUAUUGAUCCUACACCUGAACAGUGGGAAAAGAUUGCAGACUUAAUCCAAGAGAAGAACCACAUUCCGUUUUUUGAUGUUGCCUAUCAGGGAUUUGCGAGUGGUAGCCUUGAUGCAGAUGCAUCAUCUGUGAGAAUGUUUGCUUCACGUGGGUUGGAGCUGCUUGUUGCUCAGUCGUACAGUAAGAAUCUGGGUCUUUAUGCUGAAAGGAUUGGAGCUAUCAAUGUUGUUUGCUCAUCAGCGGAUGCAGCAGCAAGGGUGAAAAGCCAACUGAAGAGGCUGGCACGGCCAAUGUACUCAAAUCCUCCCAUACAUGGAGCUAGGAUUGUUGCCAAUGUCGUAGGAAACCCCGAGCUCUUCAAUGAAUGGAAACAAGAGAUGGAAAUGAUGGCAGGGAGGAUAAAGAGCGUGAGGCAAAAACUAUAUGACAGCCUGUCUUUGAAGGACAAGAGUGGGAAGGACUGGACAUUUAUUCUGAAGCAGAUUGGCAUGUUUUCCUUUACCGGCCUGAAUAAAGCUCAGAGCGAAAACAUGUCGAAUAAGUGGCAUAUAUACAUGACCAAAGAUGGAAGAAUAUCCUUGGCUGGCUUAUCUGCAGCGAAGUGCGAAUAUCUUGCAGAUGCCAUCAUUGAUUCAUAUUACAAUGUCAGCUAGAUAAAUAAGACUGGAAGUACAUUUUCAUAGCAAUUUUGAUGAGUUACUUUGUUUCACUCUUUGAUCCAAUGACUUUUAACAAAUCUUAUAAUAAUAGUUGUCCAGCAUGAUGAUUUACCCAUCAAUUAGAAGAGCCAUUGGAUUCAGAAUAUAUUGUAAUAAUGGUUUUUCAAUGUUAGGUUGUGCCAAGAAAUUUUGGAACUUUUUGAAUGUAAGGUUUUGCGUAAGAGAUCUUUGUGUGAUA